AUGACGGUCACACUCGAAUCCAACGGCGCACCUUCAGGCGCUUCGAUCACGAACCACAUCCUCACGAUCCCACACGCACAGUUCACGCACUUUCUCACACAAGUCAUCCAUCUGCGCUCGGCGUCGUCGAGCAGCCUGUUUGUGCACUGCACCUCGGUGUCGCCACUGCACGCACGUACGCUGCUCGCAGGCCACGCGCAAGAGUCGGCAGUGUCAGGGGUGCUUGGUGCCGACUUUGCGCUGGCGAUGGUCCCGCCCAAUGCACAGCCACUGGCAACCUCGGUCUCGUCCACUCUACCCGCUGCCAGCGCAGGCAUGAGUGCAGCUUGGUCCAAACGCAUCGCUCGCAGGCUGCAAGUUCCACAACUGCUGCUGUCGCUGGAUCUGCCGCAGCAGCUGCUCGCCACCACAGGCCAGGUUCAGGCUCCGCAGGACUCGCAUGCUCUGCUGGCUCUCGAACGCGCCCUGCGAGAUGCUUGCGCUUCCGCGCUCACCUCGGCGGCGACAAGCACUCACUACGCGGGCGGUGGGAUGCGCUAUCAACUCUUUACUCCACCACGAGGCGGCUGCCCCGCACACGCUCACAUGCGCUGGGCUCAACCCACCGUCUCCGAAACCUGCAGCAGGCUCACCCUGCCGCACAGCGCUGCCAACACCAACAGGGGUCGAGCAUCGAUCUGGCAUUGGCGUGCACAGGUGGGCGUUGUUCCAGCCCGCCAAAUCCACCUCCAUACCGAGCGCUGGUCUUGCGCGCCGUCAUCGUCCUCAUAG